AUGGAUGUUAAACAAGGCCAAACUGAGUGUUUUCAUGGGUUGAAAGGAACGCGUGCCAGGCAGAAACGGCAGUUACCCGUUACCUUCCUGUGUGGAGCAUACCUCCAUCUUCUCUCCUCGCAAAGCCAUCGCAGAAACUCAAACAUUACAACACCGAUAACUUCGCCCACGCUGUCAGAACUUGCCGCUGCUCAAAACGAGGUCGAGCGCUUAGAGAUUGAAUCCCUUGAGCUGCAACUUGAGACCUCCAGACGACGUCGACAGAUCGCUCAACAACAGCUUGAGGCUGAACAGAAGCAGGUCGAGGCCGAUGAAAAGAAGCUCGAACUUGCUCGCGCACAAAGACGUGUUGAGAUGUUACGAGCGUCCAUGAACGUUGAUUCUAACCGCGCCAACGUCUUGCCAGCACCUACGGCUACCCCUGCGGAUACGACUACAGCUACAACUGCACCUGUACUUGGUCUGCCCAGUUAUGGCGAUGCUCGAGGCCUUAAACGUGAUUCCCGCGGUUUUGCCUUGGACAACAGAGGUCCCCAAGACUCCUCUGCCAACACUGUUGGCAUGAGCGGAAACGGAUCCGUCGGGGGUGUUAGCCAACGCUGCUUCGCAGCCACGAGUCCAACUUUCCGGGUGACUGGAAACACCACCCACAUGCCGGACCUUGUUGCUGCUGGUGAGGAGGUUAUGCAAAGCUCUGGGUCGAUAGCUGUGGAGCUUUCAAACGAGCCCAUGCGUCCAGAACAGCCCUCAUUCCUCAAGGAGACAGCCCAACAUGUGACAUCCUCGACCCGUCCUCAGGAGACCCGCGAAAAACGAAUUAAGGUUUUUUCCUCCCAGCCAGGGAUAUCUUGCCUCAGCUGCAGGAAGCACCAUCCUAUAAGGGACUGUCUCUUUGCGCCUCAGGGCUAUAUUCCUGGCUGCAUAUUGUGCAACACAUCGGAACAUCCCGUAGACAUCUGUGAUCAGUUUAAGCAGAUGUCGACCAAGGAGAAGGCCGAGCUCCUUGUCUACGAGCGAAGCAACCGGCCAAUGCUGCACACUAGUCCUGAUCGACCGGCGUGGCAGUGGUACCUUGAAGAGUAUCUGAAGGAGGCGGGCCCAGGUGCCAUACCCAGCGCGGUUCCUUGGACUUCGGCGUUUGCUAAGAAGGUUCAAGCCCGUCCCGAUUUCCAUGAUAUCCAAGCGCAAUGGGAUACAGAGAGGGAUGUCGAUUCCCUGCCCAAGGAUCCUGGACGCAGUUACCUCAACGUUAUUCACCGGUUAUACGGGAGUGAUCGCAUCUAG